AUGGGUUUCCACUUUGUAAGCAGUGGUCAAGAAUUCACAGACGUUACUUUGAAGAAUAUUUGUGAUACUGCGACCAAUAACGACCUUAACUCGACAGAAUUCGCAUCUCAACUCAUCACCGCAAGUUGUGCUGCGGCAUUCUAUUUGGUUAUGUUCUUCUUGGGCAUUCUCGGUGUCUGGUUCCAGCCCUGUCUUAGAGUUUCUUCUUCGCAAGGAGCACUCUUCGCAUUUUUCGUGGGGGCACUAAUUACCUGUAUAAAUGUAUUUACAAAUGCACACGACCUCUUGGUGAAGUUGAGCUUCCGGCUUUUCACAACAAUACUUAUUGGAAUAAUUUUCAUAAUCUUUGGUGCCUGGCGUUUCUUUGAAAUGCCAAACAGAGCUCGAGGAGAAGCCAACCCACAGGGGAAUGAUAGACCGCCCCUCGGUAAACAACAGCCUUCCAUGGGUCUGGUAGUUUCCUUGUUAACCUUUCCUUUGGUCAUUAUCGAGAUUGUGCUGAUUUGCGCAUCGUUUAGCUCCAAUAUAACGGACGAGACGAAAGGAAGCUUGGCGGAUAAAGACUGGCGCUUAGUUAACGCGGACAAGACUGUUUUCCUUAUUCAGAAGAUUUUCCAAGUUGUUACCUAUCUGUAUCUGCGGAACACUACAAUUUCCCAAGGAUACGAAGAGAACGUUCGGUUUUAUUUUAGAUUAUUAUCUUUUUUCAACUUCAUCGAGUGGAUAGACGCGCAAGAAAAUAUAGACGACGACGUAGCUUUAACUGGAAUCAGUGUAGAAUUUGACGGCUGGUUCAAUUUAUUGACAGUGCUAUACACAGCAUUGAUCAUAGAUUAUCGCUUAUUGUGUGCACUACUGUUUCUUGAACAUUCUGUUGAAGUUCAAAAUCACGCGGACCCGGCCGAUGAGAAUGACAAUGGCGGUGGUAAUCAAGAAAUGUCGCCUUGUGAUGAAGUCAAAAGAGCAUUCGGAUUUGCUCUUGGCAGCUUCUGCCUCGUAGCCCCUGUCUUCGGUGCUUUAUAUUUUGUGCCUGCAUUCAAUCUAAAAGCAGGGGUCAAUAUGUUUGCUAUUAUUGUCAACAUAGUAGUCGUUGUUUGUGGAAUUUGUCUGCUCUGCUUCAACGAAUUGGGGACCGUUCCCAUUCACCUUAGAGAAUCGCAAGGUGUUAAAAUAAUGGUAAGUCUCUGUAAAUUUCUUUGACAACUUAAAAAGCAGUGUGUUGUUUACAAUUUUUCAUGUGAUCUGUGCGAUGCAGAUUAUGUCGGGUAUACAGCCCGACACCUUCAUCAACGCAUUGCUGAGCACAAAAAUUCGGCAAUCGGUAGACAUUUCUUAGAAGCUCAUGGUAACAACAACCUUUUGAGAGAAAGCCAAUUCACGGUUUUAAGAAAGUGCCAGAGCAAAUUUGAUUGCUUAGUAUUUGAAAUGCUCUUCAUUAAGAAACUUAAGCCCAAUUUAAAUAUUCAGACGGACUCCAUACGUGCGAAACUCUUCGUUUGAUAUUUCCUCACGUUACAAUUUUUUUAAUCAGCUAUUGUUGUUUUUUUUAGUAUUUAUAGACCAAAAAUCACUAUCUUAUUUUGACUUGAUAAUGACGUUCAGCUAACGUCGAAACGUCGUCGCUUUUUAGCAAUUUUUUUAAUCUUGAAAUGAUUUUAAGAAAUGUUUUAUCGCAAUUUUUUAUAGUGAAAAACUUUAAAAAAAUGAUUGAUUGAAGUGAAUAUUUUGGCCUUCUGUGAGCCUCUUACAGUCUGCUUCGAUGCCUCGACCCAUCACACCGGAACCUUUUUCCGAGAAAUGAUGUCAGCGACGUUUUGUCAUCGACAUUGUCCUGAGUCUAUGUGAACAACUAACCUAUCAUUCUCCACUGCGGUCAGUUCACGUUUAUGGUCGAUGCACCCACGCAACUUCAGGGUAAAAUCCAGUAAAAGACCAGUUUGAAUGCCAACUAGAGCCAUGAAGCCGAGUAAUUAUGACAACUUAUUUUUUAUAAUAUACCUCAGUGAGGUGAAACCGAGAUUUUACAAAUUAAAUUGUUAUGAUUACUCGGCUUCAUCGGCUCUAGCUAAGAUCGCUUGGGGAAAUGUUUAAUUUUGGUAUAUCGAAUAUGAGACACUGUGCAUGUCGAAGUGAACAAGCUCAAUAGUAGGCAAUACUCCAACCUUUUCUUCUUUCCUCUGAUAGGUUUGUUGCCUGGGUGCUGUAGGAUUUACAUGCUGGUUCGUGGAGGCAGUCAUAGCUUGUUUUUGGGCUGCUAAAGAGAAACACAGAGGCGAUAUCAGGAAUCUCCCCCCGCCAUACAUCCCUUGGACUGCCGCUAAGUUUAUUAUACGAAGUAUAGCAACAGCAUUCCUCAUUUUCUUGUUCAACAACAUCAACGCCCGAGCUUUGCCCGUACUAAAUCAGAGCAUUAAAAACUAUGUUCUUGUACCUGCUGUGAUGUUAGGGGUGCUCUCCAUGUUUGGAGAGGGUUUGGUUGACCAAAAAUUUGGACGAGUGGAUGAUCUUCUCAGGUUUGUAAGCGUUGAGCAUCACAAAGUUUAAUGUAUUCUAAAACAGUGGAUAGCAUUGAAGGCGCCCUCUGAUUGGCUACUCAAACUCCAGAUAUCCUUUGCUAUUCACCACCGAGUAACUUACGUGGGAUUUGCUCCCGAAAAUUAAUGUAAUCGUUGCAAGAAUGUCGGUGGGUAGUGCUGGAUAUUUACCUCGUUGCUUCGCGGCUUGAUCGGUAAAUAUCCACCACUGGCUACAUCCUCUUCGGUGAAUAGUUGUUGCCAAUAAACAAUCGGAUUGUUUACGGCUGAUAAUUUAUUUCUUAAUUUGCACUUUAGUUAUUUGAUUACUUGUUAGUGAUUUAUAUUUAACGUCAACAUUUUGCUAUCAAUUUCCUGCUCUGUUUGUGAUUGAUUGACGUGCUCUCAGCCAGUCAGGCAUGCUAAAAUAUUUGCACGUGUAAAACAAGGCGCGCCACUGAACGAUGCUUUAUCAAUCAGCUUUCAAAAUCAACUUCGUACCCAGAUCUCCUGCUUUUCUUUCAAGGGAUUUCUUUCGAGACUUGGAUCAUUGUGUUUUGAUGUAGUACAAGAAAUUUAACUCCCAUAUUGCCCCUUUCCACCCGCACUGUACAAAUGACUUCUGGAGAUAGCCAGGGAAACCUAACCAAAUGUUUGGUGGGGGAAAACUUACAACGGACUGGCAUUCUAUACAGGGGGAGUUAAAAACCCCUUUAAUUGCUGCAUGCUAUAGAAAAUAGGUUAACCUCCUGCUGAAUAGGCAACUUUACUCGAUUGCACUUAAUUUUUAAUGUAGCUGAAAUUUAAGUUUUGUUCAACAAAGGAAAAAGUUCGCGUAACCAAGGAUUCAAGUUAAUGAUAUUCGGAUGUAAAGUAUAUUUGUCAAACAUUAUUCGGCAUUUUAAUCCUAACAAAAGCCCUCUCCCCUCUAUUCUGUCUUUCAUUAGGUUGACUUAUAUGCCAGUUUUGUAAUAAAUGUAUUGGGAAUUCGAUUUAAAACCUCCCUAACUCGCUCUUUGAUUCACUGUUUAACCCAAACUGAAACCGUAUCGAGGUGUGGCUCUGUUUGGUUCGAGCGAAUUUUUCUUGGUUGUCUCAGCAAUUUGUCAUUUAAACUUUAAUUUUUGACUCAUUUGCCUUCACAGGUGUGAAAUCAAAGACCUAGGCCUGAAAAUUCUGUUUGACGUAGGCCCACCAAUGCACCUUGGUUUCCUUCUUCACGUGUUUCUUUACUUUAUCAUCAUACAAACACGUUUACGAAACUGCCCGCCACAGCAAGAACAAGAGCCAGUGAAUCCGGGGCAAAGGGACGGCCCGAUUCGGGGCCGUGGCCGGGGAUGGGGACGUGGCCGAGGUCCGCAGCUGGAGCCAGGACAGUUUCAGGGACGGGGUCACGGUAGGGGCCGCGGGCGUAGCUGGAGAAACACCUAGGGCAAGGGCUGGUUUGCAUUAUUUUUUUCCUUGAGCUUAAAUUUUUUUCGGUUUUCUAAUAGACAGGUAUGUAAAGUUCACUAACCGUUGUUAUCUCGAGUGAUUUACCUAUGCUAUGUUAGGCUUUUGGGACGAAUGAUCUCUCCUCCUGCCUUGUUGCUGCUUCAAAUACAUUGAUUUCUUUGCUUAAAUGAAUUGAUUCCUUAGCUCAAUGCAAAAACGAGAAAAACUGCGGCACUAAAUAAUCUCUUGAUCAUUCAUGGUUAAACAAGGGGAAAAUACGUUGCUUUUCCUGGAAUUAGUUGAUAGAGUAAAGUUUCCCAGAAUUUUCCCAGGUUCAGAGGUGCCUUCUUCAUCUGUUCAUAGUUGUACUUACUGAAAUUUUGAACGAUCCGAAGAGAAUAAUAUCAGUCAACACCAGAGUUUGACUGGGUGGUGUUUUAGUGUCGGGCGAGACCAUACCCAACCUGUUGAGAACCAGUCGCUACUUCGCGUAAAAGGAAUUACCUGAGUUUUAAUGACCCUCUUGGGACCUGUAUCACAUUCAGGACCACCGCUUAAAUCUCUUAAUUUUUUAAAAUUGUAUGAUGUGAUUCAUUCAGAAAUCCUUUCUUUUGUUUAUCACUCUUUCCAUAAAGUGAUCGAGUCCUCCAUGAUUUUUCAAGCCAAUAUCUUCUGUUAAAUCGUAUUUUUAGUGUCAAUCACUAAAUGGAAAUCUGUUUGCGAACUCAGUUCAAACUACUCAAAAUAGUAUUAGUUAAGUCGAGUCGUUGUAAUUGUACUAGUACCAACAUCUGAAAUUCAUUCAUUGGCAAUUGAAAUAAAGCAAACUACCCCGCUUCCUUGGUCCUGUCGGUUUGGUGAAACUUUAAAAUACUUCAUGAUUGACGUCUAUGUUAUUGCUAAUUCUUAUUUUCUUACAUAAUUUUCAUUAAAAUACUGCGAAUGCGUAUGCAAUUAAGUUAUCAUUGUUAUUUUUGACACCUCUGUAAAAUUUCAUAUUUGCAAGAGCCGAAAUAAACAAAAUUAAAUUUUUUUUAAUUGAAUUUGUUGCCUCGGAUGUCAAGGGUAAAUGCUAUUUGACGCUUAGUAAUUCUUGACUGUCCAUUUAUCUAUUUCAUGCGGAUACAGUUAAUUGACUUCGAUCCAAGUUAUAGAAAAACCGUUUCUUCACUCUCCUUUUAUGCAUUCAAAAUCUUUCAGCCCACAUUUCGAACGAAUAUCCAACGAACAUGUCGGACGCGUGAAAUAAUUUCAAAUCGGCACUCUUAAUCCCUAUGGUAUCAACGAAAGCUUUUAAUUCAACUGAUUUAUCACUUUUGUUUCAUGUUAUCGAACUCGCCUCCCACCGUAACCACCGUCCUGACUCCAAAAUAUCAUUACUUUUACGGAAUAUAUUUUUACCCACAGAAUUAGGACUACAGCUUUACCUUUGUUCUCUGAUUAUCUAAUUGACUCACGAAAGUUCUUACAAGAAAGAGGGGGGGGGGGGGGGGAGGAGAAGCAGGGUGGGUGUCUCUUUCCGCAAAGGUAACAUCAAGAAGAAUUAAAAUGGGCCUUGGUAAAGAGUUUCUAAAGCUGACUUUUCAAGCUUUGGCGGUCCUUCAUCAUAGCCAGUAGAGGAAUUGUGGGUCAUGUGUGUCUAUAUGUGGCCUACGUGUAGCCCUACCCUCCCCUUCCCCAAGGAGAAAACCACCGCAGCCCCAUUUUUCUGCAUAUAGAUUAGCAUACGCGUUUCCGCCUACCCUUCCCCCCACUUUACCUCCGUCCCACUGAUAGAGAUUGAAAAGCCGGCUUUAAUACAAAUACUGGGUAUAAAUUCAUACAAAGCACCCGUUGCCCAAAUUAUAAUCAAAGAAUAUCCAUGGCCAACUCGUGCAUAAAGUUUUGGAGGGGACAAGAAAGGCGUGUUUUUUUGCUCGAUAACAUGAAAUGUAUAAGCGGUACGAAGAUAGUUUGAAUUUUAAUAACUGGCACGCUAACGGCAAAAAUGGACAUCAAAAUCCUAAACGCUGUUAAACACGAAAAUGCUAAAAUCGACACCGUGAAAGCUUUGAUGGUUUAAUUUAAAGCGACGAUAUCAAUCAACCGUGGACGAUUCGUUCAAUAAAAUUUGCCCGACAACGCGGAGUGAAGCUGCACGAAGAUGGGUUUUGGCUUAAUCCCCUUGAGAAAUUGAAAGUUGGAAGCGCGCACUAGCGGUGGAAAUGGCCACUGAUAUCGUAAAAACGAUGAUGCUGCAAUGGAAACCGUAAAAAAACGAGUACACCGCCCUGAGAAGACAAAACCCAUCCUAUAUUUUAUAAAGUAUAAUUAUAAUUUUAUAUUUUAUUUUAAUUUUAUUUUAAUUUUAUUUUUUUUAUUUUUAUUUUAAUUUUAAUUUUAUAUUUUAAUUUUAUAUUUUAUAAAAUUUGCCCGACAACGCGGAGUGAAGCUGCACGAAGAUGGGUUUUGGCUUAAUCCCCUUGAGAAAUUGAAAGUUGGAAGCGCGCACUAGCGGUGGAAAUGGCCACUGAUAUCGUAAAAACGAUGAUGCUGCAAUGGAAACCGUAACAAAACGAGUACACCGCCCUGAGAAGACAAAACCCAUCCUAUAUUUUAUUCCUCAAGUCUUCAUUUUUAAAAAUAAAUAUAUGUAGCAGUGAAUUUCACAGGUUUUUAGUCAGAAAAGCACAAGAUUAUCUUCGUCCACUUCUGAUCGAUUCACCCGCCAAUAUAUUUACAGAAGAUGAUCGAAUUUAAUCACGCUUCUUGAUUUGCAUCAGAUCAUAACCAAUCGAAGCGUUACUAUGUAAAGAAGGGUCACCAACGUUUUAGGGGCGGUUAAUUUCUACUGCAAUGUGGUUUUAUGCUCGGGAGAACGACUACUUGCCACAGUGUCUACAUCUCAGUGAGUGAGUGUGUGACUCAUUUGCAUAUAGGAGUCGCCAUAAAAACCCGGGAUCAAUAUCAGUAUCUGGGCAACUGACCACUUACCCCUCCCCUAACCCAACAACAGUCAAUUGAUGACAAGUUAGGGUUAAUUUUGGGUUAGGGAAGGGGUAGGUGCUCCGUUUCCCAGAUACUGAUAUGGAUCCAAAACUCGUUUACAUGAGUUAAAAAGGUUAACAUACAAAGAAUUCCUUGAAAAUUUUUAGAUCAUACAGCGUUUUCUUUAUGGUGUUUUUGUUCUCAUGGUGUUCGGAAAAUGCAUUUUCAUCUUCGUCGCUCACCGCGAUAAGUCUUGCGGCGUCUAUUAUUCUAAACAACGAACACACCAAGUUCAUUCAGUCGAAUUCAGCAAAGUUUGAAAGGCGGAAAUCGUGACAUCGUUGUGUUACAUACCAAAAAUCAGCCACUCGAUUCCCGGAUGAAGUAGUGGCAUUAAUUCUACGAAUGUUUUAAUUAUUUGUAAAACAAUAUCGUCCGUAUAAUAAUUUUAGGAAACGCUCCUUCCAGAAACACGUCAUUUAAUCUCUGAUUGGCUUCUUAUAUCUUUAGCCUUUCUUUUAGGGGCUAACGACUGGAGAGAAGCAAUUUCAGAAUACUUAAUUUGAUUCUAGGACCAGGAGUAACGAGGGAAAGACUCACCACAUCCAAUUCUCCGAACCAACUAGCAAAGAGAGAAGUGAAGGAUUCUUUGAAUCUUGUGUAUACUAGUGAAGUCUAGCGAUCUGAAAAACUUGUCAAGUCGAAAUGUCUUUCCCGCUUGUCAGUAUUGUUCAAGGAACAGAAUUAACAUCGGGGAAGCUCAAUGUGUGUGGUAAUGUCACCGAAAGCGACAAGAACUCGGUAGCAAAGGCAUCUCAAGUCAUCUCCGCAAGUUUUGCUGCGGUUUUCUAUUUGGUGAUGUUCUUCCAGGGCAUUCUUGUCAUUUGUAUCGAGCGCUUUGUCAGAAUUUCUUCUUCACAUGGAACACUUUUCGUAUUUUUUGUGGGGGGUUUAUUUGCCUGUAUAAAUGUAAUCACAACUAGAAACAAUCUCCAUGUAGCAUUGAACUUCCGGCUUUUCACGGUACCUCUCAUUGGAAUUAUAUUUUUGUUCUUUGGCGUCACUCUGUUCUCCAGAGAACUUCCUCCGGGGGAAAAUCGACCAACUUUGGGAAGACAACAGCCCUCGAUGGGCUUGGUGGUUUCCAUAAUAACAGUUCCUCUGGUUGGCAUUGAGAUCGUACUUCUUAUCGCGACUUUUAAUUCUAUAUCAACAGACGAAAUAAAUGAAUCCUUGACACAUCUUGAAUGGCUCUUGCUCAAGACUGAAAAGUCUCUAUUCCUUGCUCAAAAGAUUUUCCAAGCUCUUUUCUAUCUAUGUCUGCGCAAAACAAGAAUACGCCGAGACUCCGAAGAGAAAGCCCGAUUUUAUUUUAGAUUAUUGUCUUUUUUUAACUUCAUCGAGUGGAUAGACUCACAAGUAAACGUAGAAAGAGACGUUCGUUUGAGUGGAAUCACGAAAGAACUCGAUGGCUGGUUCAAUUUUGUGACAGUUUUGUACCAAGCAUUGAUCAUAGAUUAUCGCUUAUUGUGUUCAUUACUAUUCCUUGAACAUUCGGCGGAAGUUCAAAAUCAAGACGACCCAGCUGAAGAGAAUAAUUAUGGAGGAAAUAACCAAGAUGUUGGACUAAGAACCAUUUUUGGAUAUAGUGUUGGCUGUGUAUGCCUCAUUGUUCCCAUAUUCUGUGCAUUAUAUGAUGCUCGUGCUUUCCAUCUGGAUGCAAGUGUCAAUACACUUGUUAUUACCGUCAACUUGGUAAUUGUCAUUUGUGGAGGGUGUCUCCUGUUCAAUAACAACUUGGAUGCUGAUCCCAUUCAACACAGAGAAUCACAAGGAGUCAAAAUCAUGGUAAGUCUUGGCAAUGUAAGCUUUAUCUCAAGUAAUUAUUUUAGCCUCCUUUAAGCCUCUAUUUGGAUGCAGUACACGAAGCCAGUUUCCUAAAAAAUUUAAAAGAGGAAGAUUUCAAAGAAACUUCUGUAAAUGACCCCGAUCCUGAGCCCAUCUGACUUAACAACCUUUUCCUACCCACACAGCCCACUCAGGAUACGAUUGAUGCUUCCAGGAGAGCUCUAGAAAACGACCAGAUUUCCCUAGCCAUUCCACUUUUUUUAAUCAUUUGCAGCCCAAGGAUAAUUAACGCAUCUGCACUCGAUAGAUAUGAAGUCGCGUAGGUUUUCCCAAUAUUUCCCGUCUUAACCCUCUUGCAGCCCCAGGCCCUCAAUUUUUCGGCUCUGCUGCUUGAAGCUUUAUAGCGCACACAAGACCAGUUUAGUCCUGCAUGGGAUUAUUUACAGAGCUUUGUAUCAUAUUCACCAUCUACAUUCAGACUCUACACGUUUCCACACGUUCCACCGUUAAGGUCGAUAUCCAUUCAUGAUAUCUACUAGUAAUGUUCGUGUCAAGGUGCGCGAAAUAAUCUUCCAGUACGGUUCUUUAAUUCCCCUCGGUGCUGCGGCUCCCGAGUAAAUUGAAGAACGAGACUUGUGCUAUUUUUCUGGAAGAGGACAACUUGAACUGUCUAAUGGACUCUUCGAAAAUAUCAGAAGGUAGACUAAUAAUUCGUUUACCGCUUACAAGUUGUCAUAGUAGUCACAAUCAUCGUCAUUAUCGCUGUCGGUAUCAUAACUUUUAAUUAAUAUAAAUUAUUACUUUUUUCAUCCAUAGGUUUGUUGCUUGGGUGCUGUGGGAUUUACAUGCUGGCUUAUGGAGGCGGCCAUUGCUUGUUUUUGGGCCGUAAAAAAAAGAAGCGGCAUUCAGGACACGGUGACACCCCAGUACAUUCCUUGGACUGCUGCAAAGUUUGCUGUACGCAGUGUAACAACAGCAUUUAUCAUUUUCUUGUUCAUGAAAAUAAACGUUCGAGCUUUUCCCUCGAAUAACCCGACCAAAAGUGGAAACUUUACUUUAGUACCUAUUGUGAUGUUUGGGGUAAUAUCCAUGUUUAUCGAAGGCUUAAUUGACCAGAAGGUUGGAUGGGUACACCAAUAUCUUGGGUAAGCCGAACAAUUAUAUUCUUAGCAUGGGAGUUCGUUUUCAUUCAAAAGUGUACCUGAAAGCAUUUGGUUUCUCGCUAAAGAUAAAUAUACAUUUAUUUUCAAUAUUACGCAUGCAAUGCAAGUUAUACAUCCUGCCGUCCUCAGGCCAUUUUCUCUAUUCUUUGGCGCGCGCUCCGCCAAUUCAUUUUCAAAUUUACCGCUGGUAAGUCUAAAUAAGUCCCGGAUAUUUCGCGGCACUCUGCGUGAUGUUGUAAACUUUCCUCACUGUUUGAAAUUGAAUGGCAAGUUCUAAGUUCUUGAACACUGAAAUGCUUUUGGAACACAUGAUGAAGUGAGCUGAUGAAUGAUGCAAAGUUUAUCAGCCUUGGUUUUAGGUCUCAAGCAUUUCCAUUUAAAAUAGGUUACCCUGCAUUUGUCUCCUUAUAGGAGUCCUUUAGGAAAUAACUCUCCAGAUGUGGUUAGGAAAAGCACCCCCUUGGUAGUUAUUCCUGGAAAUUUACUUCUAAGCUUUGUUUUUUCUAAAAAUUUUAUUUCCUUAGGUGUGCCAUACAAGAUCAAACCCUGGUAUUACUCUUUGAUGCAGGUCCGCCAAUGUACCUGGGAUUUCUUAUUCAUGUUGCUCUCUACUUUAUGGUACUUGCAAAAGGACUUCGGUACUGCGCACCAGGGCCAAUCUUACAUAUUCCAUUAGAUUAA